CAACUAUGUCCAUUUCUUGGUGGAAACCUUUACCACGAUGAGUUUAAUAGCAUCUUUACUAUUCAACCUGCUUGGGUUUUUGCUGAACUUGUCUGGGGAUCAGAGCGGAUGCUGCUUGGAAACAGAUUGGACACUGCCAAGCCCUAGCAUCAGUCAUCUGAUAGCUGUCAAAGAGAAGCAAAAACUUGAGGUGAGAUGGCUGAGCAACUCCAGCGGCUUAAAGGACGGAAGAAACCUGUAUGAAAUCCAGAUCGGCCGCACAGAAAACCUCACGAUUGUCUACAGUAGCAAUGUGAGCGUACACCCUGUGGGUUCAGAUACAUACUCCUGGACGUGGACCUCCUCCCUGCCUCUGGAGUGUGCUGAUCACUCAGUUAGGAUACGACGUUUCUAUAACCAGUCCCUCCCAAGCCCUUGGAGCGAGUGGAUGACCAACUAUGGAGACCAGGAGUUAGUGGAUGCAGAGAACAACACCAGGAUAUUUCCCUUCCAGCGGGUGCUGAGAGAGGGAGCCAGCACCAUGCUCUGCUGCGUCCCACCAAGAGGAGUCCACAUCACCGGCAUGGCCUUCAACGGCAGCCAGUACCCCCUCAUCAGCAUCGGAGACAGAGUCAAGGCUAUCUCUGUAAAAAACCUCACAAUCCCAGCGAGACUAUUUCAGGGUGUGUUGUUCAGCUGUAACGACACCACGGCCGAAACCAACAAAUGCUUCAACUACAUCAGCUUUCCACCUCAGAAGCCAGAGAGCAUCAGCUGCUCCACCACAGACUUGAAAACUGUCAACUGCAUCUGGGAUCCAGGCAGAAAAUCAAACCUUGUUGAUCCUUACAGACGAACACACACCCUGCACAUAGCGAACUCUGACCAGGAACCUAUCAAGUGCAAGGAGUCGUCUUGUCAUUUCCCGGCAGUCCCACACUUGGACGAGUACAACAUCUCUGUUGUGGUGGGAAACCAGCUGGGAGAGGAGAGAGAGAGCUACUGCUUCAACAUCUCUGACAGAGUACUCCCCGCCCUUGAGUGGACCAGAGUGUGGCCAGGGGUGACAAACUCAACUUUGUCCUGGAUCAUACAGGGCAACCUGUCUGGACUGGACAUCCUCUGCCAGGUUGUAACAAACCAGGAAAGCACCAUCAUGGUGAGCUGUCAGAGUUACUGCAAAGUCAAACUGGGGCAUCUGCUUCCCAACACCCACUACUCUGCCAGGGCCCGCUGUGCUGUCAAGGGCAAGCUCUGGGGAGACUGGGCUCAGCCCAUAGCCUUUACUACCUAUCCAUUAGUGACUCUGGAUGUAUGGAGGAGGGUCGAGCAGCUCUCUUCCAACAGCCUCCGUAAAGUUACUCUGUUCUGGACUCCGCAUGUUCCUGGCCUGGCAGCAUCAAAUAUAAUCCAAGGCUACACGGUGCGGUGGACGCAGGGAGGACGGAACGGGACUGAGUGGAAGGACAAUGGACAGGCGCAGGCAGAGAUCAUCAUCGGCGCAGGACGGUGUGACUUCUCUGUCCAAGCAGUCGUCCGUGCCGGCUCCUCCAUCCCAGAUCACAUCACCAUCCCACAGACAGAGGACAGAGAAAAUCUCCUACAAGAGCAGCAUCUGAGUGGCAACACGACUGGAGCUUUACAGCUGACCUGGGCUGAGUACGACCAUGCCACCUGUGGCUACACCGUGGAGUGGUGCAUCGUGGGAACUGUAACUCCCUGUACUUUGCAAUGGAGGAAAGUGCCAGAGGGAAAUAACAGCUUGCUCUUGCCUGCCCGAAAUUUCGAGGCAGGUUAUAGGUACACAUUCAAUAUCUACGGAUGCACUGAAAAUGGACACAGACUACUAGAGAUACAGACUGGAUAUAUACAGGAACUCAAAUCGGUGCAGUCCCCCAGUCUGGUCGGAGCAGUUCGGAGCACUUCCUCCUCUGUGACACUGGAGUGGCUUUACGAUGAGGACGAUCAGGCCGGGUUCAUCACCGGUUACCUGGCUUCCGUGCAGGAAGUGGGGCAGGAGGCAGCACCGGGCCAUUCUGCAAUUCUGUUGAAUGUGACGGUGGCGGACCCUCGGAGAAAGUCUGUGACCAUAGAGGGUCUGCAAGAGAGCCGGGAAUACACCGUCUACCUGAGCGCUCUCACUAAGAAGGGACGUGGUCCGCCAGCCACCAUCACCAUCAGGACCAAAGCCAACUACACGGUUCACUUGGUUAAGAUCCUGAUUCCAGUCCUGUUACUGCUGUGCUGCACCAUUCUCCUGUGGCCUCAAAGGACAAUGGUGAAGAGUGGGCUAAAGGGGAUUUUAUCUUACCCUGCUGGUAUGAACAUCAGAACUAUUGAAAUUGACAGCUUCCUUCAUGAGACCAGUGAGAGGCUCAGAUCCCAGACGGUGGCAGAGUGCGUCAGCUGUGACAUUGAGGUUCUAGACGCCGGACCUCCUGUGUCUGAAACGACCACACUGAUACAUCCGGAGCUCCUGAACCCACCAUCCUUUCCUGCCUCCCAGUCCUCCUCCCUAUCCCUCUCGCCCCUCGGCAUGCCAAUCCAAGCAGACUACCGUCCCCAGUCAGCUGCAGUGCUGUGGGAGAGACCCAUCCUGCAGCGAAUAACAAGCGUUGCCAACCAGGGUUACUUUCACAGCAUGGGUGAGGAUUUCUCUGAGACUGAACAAGCUUCACCCAAAGGCAUCAGUGAGAUCACCAGCCUGGAGUCUGCUGUGAGUCUGCAGGAAUCAUGGAGCGUCAUGGAUAGCUACAUCUCCAAUGACACUUUAUCCAUGUAAAGUCAAGAGUCAAGCCCAACACUUUUUAUAUGUGGACAGUAACAAUAUUUUCAGUAUGUUUUAUUUCAUAUUUAAGUUCUCAAGA